UGCCAGCUGCCGGCGGCUCAUUCGGGAAGGAGGAGCAGGGAGCCGGGCCCAGAGCUGUCACCCAGGGCUGGGAGGGAACACAGAGAGCCCGCCUGCCUGCUCAGCUCCCCUUCCUGUCCCCUGAGUGCUCAGCCAUACCCCGCUCCUGGGAGCUCUGGAAGGGCCAGUGGUCGGAUGCCCCUCUAGCAGGGAGCUGGGCCUGUGGCUCCGGGGCUCCUGGCUCCUCCUGCCGCCUGGAGUGCCCAGGCCGGAUGAGGCACCUCCCCACAGCGCGGGUCCCAGCAGCAGUGGCCUGAGGGAGCCCCUGAGCAGCGAGGGCCCCGCCCAGCCACCUUCCCUUUGGCCGACUCCCGCCUCAGGCGGCCCCCUGCCGGGCAUGCUGCUGGUGCCCAAGGCUCAGGGGCUUGUGGAGAUGCUGCAGACCAUCUAUGAGACGGAAUCCUGUUUCUCAGCAGAUGGGAUGCCAGGCCGGGAACCAUCCUUGGAAAUCCUGCCUCGGACCCCUCUACAUGGCCUCCCUGUGGCAGUGGAGGUGAAGCCGGUGCUGCCAGGAGCCAUGCCCAGCUCCAUGGGGGGCGGGGGAGGAGGCAGCCCCAGCCCCGUGGAGCUGCGGGGUGCGCUGGCAGGCCCCGUGGACCCCGCGCUGCGGGAGCAGCAGCUACAACAGGAGCUCCUGGCGCUCAAGCAGCAGCAGCAGCUGCAGAAGCAGCUCCUGUUCGCUGAGUUCCAGAAACAGCACGACCACCUGACCCGGCAGCAUGAGGUCCAGCUGCAGAAGCACCUCAAGCAGCAGCAGGAGAUGCUGGCGGCCAAGAGGCAGCAGGAGCUGGAGCAGCAGCGGCAGCGGGAGCAGCAGCGGCAGGAGGAGCUGGAGAAGCAGCGGCUGGAGCAGCAGCUGCUCAUCCUGCGAAACAAGGAGAAGAGCAAAGAGAGUGCCAUCGCCAGCACUGAGGUGAAGCUGAGGCUCCAGGAAUUCCUCUUGUCGAAGUCAAAGGAGCCCACACCGGGCGGCCUCAACCAUUCCCUCCCACAGCAUCCCAAAUGCUGGGGAGCCCACCAUGCUUCUUUGGACCAGAGUUCCCCUCCCCAGAGCGGCCCCCCUGGGACGCCUCCCUCCUACAAACUGCCUUUGCUUGGGCCCUACGACAGCCGCGAUGACUUCCCCCUCCGCAAAACAGCCUCCGAACCCAACUUAAAAGUACGUUCGAGGCUAAAGCAGAAGGUGGCCGAGCGGAGAAGCAGUCCCCUCCUGCGUCGCAAGGACGGGACUGUCAUUAGCACCUUUAAGAAGAGAGCUGUUGAGAUCACAGGUGCCGGGCCUGGAGCGGCAGCCGUGUGUAACAGCGCGCCAGGCUCCGGCCCCAGCUCUCCUAACAGCUCCCACAGCACCAUCGCCGAGAAUGGCUUUACUGGCUCAGUCCCCAACAUCCCCACCGAGAUGCUCCCCCAGCACCGGGCCCUCCCUCUGGACAGCUCCCCCAACCAGUUCAGCCUCUACACGUCUCCCUCUCUGCCCAACAUCUCCCUAGGGCUGCAGGCCACGGUCACUGUCACCAACUCGCACCUCACCGCCUCCCCGAAGCUUUCGACGCAGCAGGAGGCCGAGAGGCAGGCCCUCCAGUCCCUGCGGCAGGGUGGUGCACUGACGGGCAAGUUCAUGAGCACAUCCUCUAUCCCCGGCUGCCUGCUGGGCGUGGCACUGGAGGGCGACACCAGCCCCCACGGGCAUGCCUCCCUGCUGCAGCAUGUGCUGCUGCUGGAGCAGGCGCGGCAGCAGAGCACCCUCAUUGCGGUGCCGCUCCACGGGCAGUCCCCGCUGGUGACGGGUGAGCGCGUGGCUACCAGCAUGCGGACGGUGGGCAAGCUCCCUCGGCACCGGCCCCUGAGCCGCACUCAGUCCUCGCCGCUGCCCCAGAGCCCCCAGGCCCUGCAGCAGCUGGUCAUGCAGCAGCAGCACCAGCAGUUCCUAGAGAAGCAGAAGCAGCAGCAGCUGCAGCUGGGCAAGAUCCUCACCAAGACUGGGGAGCUGCCACGGCAGCCCACCACCCACCCCGAGGAGACAGAGGAGGAGCUGACAGAGCAGCAGGAGGCCUUCCUGGGGGAGGGAGCCCUGACCAUACCCCGAGAAGGCUCCACGGAGAGUGAGAGCACACAGGAAGACCUGGAGGAGGAGGAAGAGGAGGAGGAGGAGGAGGAAGAGGAGGAGGAGGAGGAGGAGGAGGACUGCAUCCAGGUCAAGGAUGAGGAGGGCGAGAGUGGUGCUGAGGAGGGGCCCGACUUGGAGGAGUCCAGUGCUGGUUACAAAAAGGUGUUUGCAGAUGCUCAGCAGCUGCAGCCGCUGCAGGUGUACCAGGCGCCCCUCAGCCUGGCCACUGUGCCUCACCAGGCCCUGGGCCGCACCCAGUCCUCACCUGCUGCCCCUGGGGGCAUGAAGAGCCCCCCGGACCAGCCCACCAAGCACCUCUUCACCACAGGUGUGGUCUACGACACGUUCAUGCUGAAGCACCAGUGCAUGUGCGGCAACACACACGUGCACCCCGAGCACGCUGGCCGGAUCCAGAGCAUCUGGUCUCGGCUGCAGGAGACAGGCCUGCUCAGCAAGUGUGAGCGGAUCCGGGGUCGCAAAGCCACGCUGGACGAGAUCCAGACGGUGCACUCCGAAUACCACACCCUGCUCUAUGGGACCAGCCCCCUCAACCGACAGAAGCUGGACAGCAAGAAGCUGCUCGGCCCCAUCAGCCAGAAGAUGUACGCCAUGCUGCCUUGUGGGGGCAUCGGGGUGGACAGCGACACCGUGUGGAAUGAGAUGCACUCCUCCAGUGCCGUGCGCAUGGCGGUGGGCUGCCUGGUGGAGCUGGCUUUCAAGGUGGCGACGGGGGAGCUCAAGAAUGGUUUUGCCAUCAUCCGGCCGCCGGGACACCACGCGGAGGAAUCCACAGCCAUGGGAUUCUGCUUCUUCAACUCUGUAGCCAUCACAACCAAACUCCUGCAGCAGAAGCUGAAUGUGGGCAAGGUUCUCAUCGUGGACUGGGACAUUCACCACGGCAAUGGCACCCAGCAAGCAUUCUACAACGACCCCUCCGUGCUCUACAUCUCCCUGCAUCGCUAUGACAAUGGGAACUUCUUUCCGGGCUCUGGGGCUCCUGAAGAGGUUGGCGGAGGGCCGGGCGUGGGGUACAAUGUGAACGUGGCAUGGACGGGAGGUGUGGAUCCCCCCAUCGGAGACGUGGAGUACCUAACGGCCUUCAGGACAGUGGUGAUGCCCAUUGCCCACGAGUUCUCACCUGACGUGGUCCUGGUCUCCGCCGGGUUUGAUGCUGUUGAGGGACACCUGUCUCCGCUGGGUGGCUACUCUGUGACCGCCAGAUGUUUUGGCCACUUGACCAGGCAGCUGAUGACGCUGGCAGGGGGCCGGGUGGUGCUGGCCCUCGAGGGAGGCCAUGACUUGACUGCCAUCUGUGAUGCGUCUGAGGCCUGUGUCUCCGCUCUGCUCAGCGUGGAGCUGCAGCCCUUGGACGAGGCAGUCUUGCAACAAAAGCCCAACGUCAACGCAGUGGCCACGCUAGAGAAAGUCAUCGAGAUCCAGAGCAAACACUGGAGCUGUGUGCAGAGGUUCGCUGCUGGUCUAGGCCGUUCCCUGCGGGAGGCCCAGGCAGGUGAGACAGAAGAGGCUGAGACUGUGAGCGCCAUGGCCUUGCUGUCGGUGGGGGCCGAGCAGGCCCAGGCUGCUGCAGGCCGGGAGCACAGCCCCAGGCCGGCAGAGGAGCCCAUGGAGCAGGAGCCUGCCCUGUGACGCGCUGGCCCCCAUCCCUCUGGGCUUCAUCAUUGUGAUUUUGUUUAUUUUUUCUAUUAAAAAACAAAAAGUCACACAUUCAACAA